AUGACCACCCUGAUAACAAGACAAACCCGAUCGUCGAAAGGCAGGACUGAGACACCGACCGAGUGGUCGCAGACGCUUUCUGAUCUGUACAAUAAAACCACCCAUUUGGCAACAACACCAGUGCAAGACUUUCAAAUCAAGACGGAUGCAUUGAUGACAAUAUUGUGUAUUGAUGGGACACUCCACGUUCCAGUUGAAUUGUCUGCGCAUGGAGUACUUGCAACAACAAAAGCUGGUGAGACUGUUUAUGUGUGUGCAACAAAGUCGUCGUUGUUGAAGAUAGUCACGCCACUCCUGACACGCCGACCACUUCUCAUCACAAAUGCAACAAUAUAUGACAUCAACGAAAUGAUAUAUGCGGCAAUGGCACUCAAAUUGCCAUCGCUUGAUGUUGCUGAGCAGACGGCAAAGUGGAUGUUUGACCACCCAUCGGAGCGUCUAGAUGGUGUUGCUGAGACGUGGGUGGUCAACACCUUACUUCGUGAGAAAAAAGAAGUUGCGUAUCAGAUCCGUGACAAUUUGAUUGUGCCACAAAAUACACAGAACGUGUUUUCGAGUAUGCUUCUUGACAAUGGAUUGACUGAUGUUGCAUGCUCACCAGAGAACAUGGGUGUUAUUGCUGGGUUUUGUGCUGAGAAUGCGCUUCGUGAAGGUGGGAAGUGGUUCAAAGA